AUGUUGAGACUGCUCAAAAGACCUUUUUCAGUGAUAUCAAAAGUCACUCCAGAUCUCGGCCCAUCUCAAGGGCCUACCCCCAAAUCAUACACUGUCUACGAUCAUACUUACGAUGCAAUUGUAGUCGGCGCAGGAGGUGCUGGUCUUCGAGCAGCAUUUGGUCUUGCCUCACUCGGAUAUAAAACAGCUUGUAUCUCUAAGCUAUUCCCAACCAGAUCUCACACCGUUGCCGCCCAAGGAGGAAUCAAUGCAGCAUUAGGAAAUAUGACAAAAGAUGACUGAAGAUGGCAUUUCUACGAUACUGUAAAAGGAAGUGACUGGCUUGGCGAUCAGAACGCCAUUCACUAUAUGUGCAAAGAAGCUAUAGAAGCUGUCUAUGAGCUGGAAAGUUACGGAAUGCCAUUCAGCCGUACAGAAGAAGGCAAAAUCUAUCAGAGAGCUUUUGGAGGCCAAAGUCUCGAAUUCGGGAAAGGAGGCCAAGCUUACCGAUGUGCAGCAGUCGCUGACAGAACUGGGCACUCCAUGCUUCAUACUUUAUUUGGAAGAGCUCUUGGGUAUAAUUGCAUGUUCUUUGUAGAGUAUUUUGCGCUGGAUUUAAUAAUGGUAGAAGGAGUCUGCAGAGGAGUUAUGGCAAUGAGUAUGGCUGAUGGGUCAAUUCAUAGGAUGAGGGCUAACCAAACUAUUUUGGCGACUGGAGGGUAUGGAAGGGCUUUUCAGUCUUGCACUUCUGCACACACUUGUACAGGAGAUGGGCAUGGGAUGAUUGCAAGGGCUGGGCUGCCUCUAGAAGAUAUGGAAUUCGUUCAAUUCCAUCCAACUGGAAUUUAUGGAGCUGGCUGCUUGAUCACUGAAGGCUGCAGAGGAGAAGGUGGAAUUUUGAGGAAUUCAGAAGGAGAAAGAUUUAUGGAAAGAUAUGUGGUCAAGCACAAAUCGGACCUCGGGACCCCCCACCCCACCCCAUAUACAUAGCUUUUUGUAGAAUAUUUAAUAGUUUAAGCCUAAGUGAAGGAACUAAAGUUUUAUACUCUAAACUAUAGCUCAUACCCCUUUUAUAGAUCCCUUUAUCGAGCAAAGUGUACUUGACUAUUGAAAGACCAAAACAGACUCUCUCAAAGAGAUGAGCUCAAUCUCUAUAUCAGAAAGUUCUAAAAAGUGGCAUGCCAAAAAAAAUAGUGGCAAGUGUGAAAAAAGUUGGUAAGCAAAUACGAUUAGACUUAAGAUAAUUAAUUAUUCAUCUCUUUCGUUAAUUGAUUUAAUAAAAUAAUAUCUACAUGUAGAUUUGACUAUGGAUUAUCUUUGGAUUUACAUAAGUCAAGAUUCUACUGGAGUUUUUGAUUGAUAUGCUUACUGGAGUUAUAGCACUUGGAGAUCUAUACAACCGUUUACUCAAGAAGUUCCUCCUUUGCAUUCUCAAUUUAAAAGUUCAGGUGCAAUUUCUUCCAUACUGGACUCUAUAUCUUUAUAAUCGCUUAAAUUGAAACAAAAUUCAAUUUUAUAAUAAAAAAUUUUAUAGAUAAAAAUCAUAAUUUUUAUGUAAAAAGUUUCGGUAUAAGUUAAAUGUUUCUUCUUGACUAAAAUUAAAAAUUUAGUUAUAUCUUGCUCUUUUUCAAAGAAAAGAACAUAAAGAGCUUUUUAUUUAAAUACAUUUAUUAUCUUUAAUUGCUAUAUUUUUAAAAUUUAAUUUUUAUUUUUUAAACAUUUUUCAACAAAAAAUAUAAUUUAUUGCAUUUAUUUCUUAUCAUGCAUAAUUUAUUAUUUAGAAACCAAAUAUACGUUUCAAAACGCGCAGAUUUUAGUGCGCCAAAUUAAUAAUUUAAAUUUCAUAUGAAAAUAGUGUGUAUAACUGCCAUAAGAAAUUAAGCCAAGGGAUUAUAUUUUUUAUUUAAAUAAUUUUGAUAAAAAUUUAAUGCGAAUUCUUUACAAAAAUUGAAAAUUUACUUUAUUUUUUGCUUUAUUUUAGCAAAAGAGUAUAAAUAGCCACUUAAUUAAACAAAAUUAACACUUUGAUCGAUAAAUUUUCUAGAAAUUUAUUAAUCUAAUUCGACACAUUUUUUAUUUUUUUUUAUAAUAAGAAUUUUAUAUUGAUUUUUUUUUUAAAAAAAUUUUCUUAACCCUUCUUUUAAAUUGGAAAAAAUAUUUGGUCCAAUUUAAAGGGAGGGAGUUAAAUCAAAAUCCUACUGGAGUUUUUGCACGAUAUGCUUACUGGAGUUAUAACACUUGGAGAUCUAUACAACCGUUUACUCGGGAAGUUCCCCUUUGCAUUUUCACUUUUGACAAUUUAUUUCAUAAUGGACUCCAUCUUUAUAAUCACUUAAGUCAGGAUCCUACUAGAGUUUUUUUGAUUGAUAUGCUUACUGGGGUUAUAGCACUUGAAGAUCUAUACAACCGUUUACUCGGGAAGUUCCCCGCUUGCAUUUUUAAACUCAUUUCUAUAAAUUUAUCUCAAGUACUUUUUACAUAAACAAAUAACCAAAAAUAUUAAAUCUAUUAAAAUUUAUAUGUAGCAUUUAUUAUUAUAAUUAUCAUUAAUUAAGGCCUAAAAAAUAAGAUUUUUAAUUAUUAAUCAAUUCCAGUCUAAUUGGGUAUGCUAAGUUUUAAAUUAUUUUAUUAAUAAAGCCAUUUUAAAAAUUUGCGUGUUUGCUUACCAACUUUUUUCACACUUGCCACUGUUUUUUAGCAUGCCACUUUUUAGAACUUUCUGAUAUAGAGGUUGAGCUCAUCUCUUUGAGAGAGUCUGUUUUGGUCUUUCAAUAGUCAAAUACACUUUGCUCGAUAAAGGGAUCUAUAAAGGGGGGUGAGCUAUAGUUUAGAGUAUAAAACUUUAGUUCCUUCACUUAGGCUUAAACUAUUAAAUAUUCUAUAAAAAGCUAUGUAUAUGGGGUGGGGGUGGGGGGUCCGAGGUCCUAUUUGUGCUGGACCAGAUAUGCACCAACCGCUAAGGAUUUGGCUUCAAGAGAUGUAGUCAGCAGAGCUAUGACGCUAGAAAUUUUCCAAGGAAGAGGAGUUGGGCCGAAAAAAGACCAUGUUCAUCUAUAUUUAAGCCAUCUUCCUCCUGAAAUUUUGCAUUCAAGACUUCCAGGUAUCAGUGAAAGUGCUAAGAUUUUUGCAGGAGUUGACGUAACUAAAGAGCCAAUUCCUGUUGUCCCAACAGUGCACUAUAAUAUGGGAGGCAUUCCGACUGACUGGAAAACCCAUGUUCUCACUCUUGAUAAAGAUGGCAAAGAUAAAGUCGUCCCAGGUCUUCUAGCAGCAGGAGAAGCCGCUUGUGCAUCAGUUCAUGGCGCUAACCGUCUUGGAGCCAACUCAUUGCUUGAUAUCGUAAUUUUUGGAAGAGCUGCUUCUUUAACAACCAAAGAAGAAUUCCAGCCUGGCCAAACUCAGCCUGAUCUCCCUCCUCAUGCAGGUGAAGAAUCAAUAGAAAAGGUCGAGCGACUGAGAACUGCGAUGGGGUCUUUAAGCACUGCUUCAAUCCGUGAUAAAAUGCAAAGCACCAUGCAGCUUCAUGCAGCAGUCUUUAGAAUUGAAGAUACCUUAAAGCAAGGAUGCGAAAAAAUGACUGAUGUUUGCAAAUUGUUUAAAGACGUUAAGACUACUGAUAGAGAUUUGACUUGGAAUUCAGAUUUGAUUGAGACUUUGGAGCUGGAAAACUUGCUGACUUGUGCGAAACAGACUAUUAUUUGUGCAGAAAAUAGAAAGGAGAGCAGAGGAGCACAUGCAAGAGAUGAUUUUAAGGAUAGAAAUGACAAGGAGUGGAUGAAACAUACACUUUCAUGGCAAAAGGGGUUGGAUGAUAAUGUCACCAUCAAGUAUAGGCCUGUCAUAACAGACACUUUGGAUCUGAAAGAAAUGCAUACAAUUCCACCUGCAAAGAGAGUUUAUUAA